AUGGCGCUCGUUACAGUCACCUUCCUGGGGCCUGCGGCUUCGUUUUCCCACCAGGCCGCUGUUGAAUCCUUUGGGACCUCGGUAGAAUUACAAGCUCGCCCAUCGUUCGCAGACGCUUUCGCUGCCGUGCAACAGCAGGAGGUGGACUAUGCGAUCGUUCCCUCCGAGAACUCCUCCAAUGGGUCGGUCGUUCAAACGCUCGACCUUCUGGCCGACCCCGCCGGUUCAUACCCAGAUGUGCGAGUGUGUGGGGAGCAUUAUCUGAGCGUGCACCACUGUCUCCUGGGCCGCAAUGGACAAGUCGACCUCAACUCAAUAAAUAAACUAUACACACACCCGCAAGCGUGGGGUCAAUGCGAUAAAUUUCUUGCGAAACAUUUCAAGGGCGUUGAGCGACAAGACGUCUCGUCGACCUCCAAGGCGGGCGAGAUCGUCGCCGGCGAAACAACAGAACGGAGUGCCGCAAUAGCUAGUCGGUUUGCUGCUAAGCAUCACGGACUGGACAUCAUAGAAGAGAAUAUCGAAGAUAACGCCAAUAAUACAACGCGAUUUCUGGUUCUGGGGAAUAUGAAUUCGGAACGCACGACCCGACUGCCCUUUGAGAAGGUCAAGAUCACCCCCUCGCCUUCCACCACUACCAGGAAAACAUUGAUCUCGUUCAUGGUCUAUCAGAACGCCCCCGGGGCGCUGGCAGACGCCUUGCUGAUAUUCAAGAAGCAUGGCAUGAAUCUCACGAGUAUCAACACCCGCCCAAGUCAAAGGAUAGCCUGGCAAUACAUCUUUCUGGUUGAAUGCCAGAUGGCUCCGGCAUACGAUGACAAGGAGGCAGUCACCAAGGUUUUGGCGGGAUUGAAGGAUGUUACUGAAAAUAGUAGGGAUCUGGGGACGUGGAACAGUAUGGGCUCAUCGAGCGACCAAUAA